UGUGUGUGUGUGUGUUAAUGUAUUUUCUGCAGGUGGACGGUCUUCAGAGCUCCUUACCAUUCUCCAUUCCAUCCAAUAAAAACCUGGUGCAUGUUUACCCCAGAUACAGGCAGGCCGUCCUCGAGACAAGCUUCCUUAAGGUCUCCUUUGACUUUGCGAGUUCAGUGAGAGUGGAGCUGGCGACGAGUUAUCACAAUGCAGUCUGUGGUCUGUGUGGAAACAUGAACGAUGACCCUGCUGACGACCUGAAGCUGCCCAAUGGGAAGCUGGCUGCCAACGGCAACACGUUUGGAGUGAGCCAAUGGCUGGAGGACGCUCCGGGCUGCUCCCGCGACUGUAGCAACUGUGCAACGCCUCUUCCCCCCGACUUCAAACCCCCCGGCUACACAUCAGUGUGUGAUGUCAUCACGGCGAAGGGGGGGCCCCUGGAUGACUGUGGGGGCCGGAUGGACGCAGAGCAGUACCGCCAGGACUGUAUCUAUGACAUGGUGCUGAACGACGGUAACCAGGAGGCCGCCUGCAACAUCAUCAGUGACUACGUGGAGAAGUGUCAGAUGAGAGGAGGCUGUGUGAGGGCAUGGAGGAACAGGCGCUUCUGCUGUGAGUAUGU